CAAAAAUAUAGAAUAUAAUAUACAUUCCAAUGAUAAUAACACAAAUAAAGUUAUUGUUGCUGCCUUAGAAGAUUUGGACAAUACUUUUUAUUCAGAAUAUUUAGAUUCUAAAAGUGAUGAAGAAUCUAACUCUUUAUCAGAUAAUGAACCGUUAUCUGACAUUAAUAAUAACAUCCCUUUAAAUAAUUUAAAUGAGUUUGACUUUGUAGAUUUACCUGAUAAUUAUAUUGAAGAUAAGAUCUAUGAUGAACUAAAAUUAAAAAUUUAA